GGGCGGGAGACCGCCAGGAAGAAGCUCCAUGAAAGUCGCCGCCGCCGCCGCGGCCGGAACCUUCGUCGUCGCGCCUCUGCAGGGGCCGCCUGUGGAUCUGGCUGAGUGAGACGCCCCCGCCACCCCCGCCGGGGUCCGGCCGCCCGCGGCAGAGAUGGAGCCUCUGGCCGCCGCCAGUCAGCUGGGAGCGGGGCGCGAAUCUGGCUCCUCCUCCUCCUCGUCGUCCUCAGCUUCGUCCUCUUCCUCGUCCUCCCCUCACUCCAAGCAGGAGCUGCAGCCCUACGCCGGCCCCAGCCCUCUGAAGCCCAACCAGGUCGGGGAGACCUCGCUCUACGGCGUCCCCAUCGUCUCGCUGGUCAUCGACGGGCAGGAGCGCCUCUGCCUGGCGCAGAUCUCCAACACGCUGCUCAAGAACUACAGCUACAAUGAGAUCCACACCCGUCGGGUGGCGCUGGGCAUCACCUGCGUGCAGUGCACGCCGGUGCAGCUGGAGAUCCUGCGCCGGGCCGGCGCCAUGCCCAUCUCCUCGCGCCGCUGCGGCAUGAUCACCAAGCGCGAGGCCGAGCGGCUCUGCAAGUCCUUCCUGGGCGAGCACAAGCCGCCCAAGCUGCCCGAGAACUUCGCCUUCGACGUGGUGCACGAGUGCGCGUGGGGCUCCCGCGGCAGCUUUAUCCCCGCGCGCUACAACAGCUCGCGCGCCAAGUGCAUCAAGUGCAGCUACUGCAGCAUGUACUUCUCGCCCAACAAGUUCAUCUUCCACUCGCACCGCACGCCCGACGCCAAGUAUACGCAGCCCGACGCCGCCAACUUCAACUCCUGGCGCCGCCACCUCAAGCUCAGCGACAAGGGCGCCGCCGACGACCUCAGCCACGCCUGGGAGGACGUCAAGGCCAUGUUCAACGGCGGCACCCGCAAGCGGACCUUCUCCCUGCAGGGCGGCGGGGGCGGCUCCUCGGCGGCCAAGAGCGCGCUGCACCCGCCGCCGCCCGCCCCGGCUGACCUGGCCCCGGCGCACAAGAGCCUGCGCUGCAGCGGCGGGGCCGACGAGCCCGCCGGGACGGAGCGCGGAGGGCUGGGCUUGCCCGCGGGGGCUCACGGCCCGGCCGCGGCCGCCGUACGAAGCUACCCGGUCAUCCCGGUGCCCAGCAAAGGCUUCGGGAUGCUGCAGAAGCUGCCCCCGCCGCUCUUCCCGCCUCCCUACGGCUUCCCCGCCGCCGCCUUCGGCUUGUGCCCCAAGAAGCAGGAGGACCCCCUGGGCGGCGCCGGCGGCGACCCCAGCAAGGCGGCCGCCCUGACGCAGGGCCUGUUCUGGGGGCCGCCGCACCCGCACCCGCCGCCGCACCCGCCGCCGCACCCGCCGCCGCACCCGCCCCAGCCCCCCAGCGCUGCCGCCAAGGAGGGCGGCGUCUACCCCUCCUUCCCCAUGUUCUGGCCGGCCUCCGGGAGCCUCCCGGUGCCGCCCUACCCCGCUCAGAGCCAAGCCAAAGCGGCCGCCACCGCCGUGGUGGUGGCGGCCGCCGCCGCCGCCGCCGCCGCCGCCGCCGAACCGCUGGGACUGCGCGGCCACGUGGACCUGGAGGGCUCGGAGCCGUCCGGCAGCGAGCGGAGCAGCGCCACCCCGCAGGAGGGCGGCGGCGGCGGCGGCGAGGGCGAGCGCUGCCCCAGCGCCCUCUCCAGAGCCACGGCGGCCCUCGGGGAGGAGGAGCGCUCCGGCGACGAGGCCCUGCUGGCGCCCCUGCCGCUCCCCAGGAAGGGCAGCUACCUCUCGGCCUUCCGCCCGGUGGUGAAGGACGCCGAGAGCAUCGCCAAGCUCUACGGGACCAGGGAGGUCUACGCCGGCCCGCGGGGCUGCCCGGGCUACCUCUCCCCGGACUUCCUCAGCGAGGGCAGCUCCAGCUACCGCUCCCUCUCGCCCGGGAACGAGACGGCAGGCGAGCCGGAAGUGGACGUGGAGACGAACCGCUUUGCGGAGGACGACGACGACGACGAGGAGGAGGAGGAGGAGGAGGACGAGGCGCCCGGGGGAGACGCGCCGCCGCCGCCGCCGCCGCUGCUCUUGCCCGAGGCGGACGCGUCUCUUGCAGCAGCCCCGGGCGGAGGCCUGGCAACGGCGGAGAAGGCGGCGGAACCGGAGGAGAGUCCCUCGGAGAGAAGCAGCAGCCGGGCUGGCUACGAGGCCUACCCUUCAGGGAGAGACCACUGUCCGCAAGCGCUCAAAGCCGGCGUCUCCCUGGGCCCACCCCUCACUUCCUAUCCCUGCGCCCCAGAGAAAAACGACCCCGAAGACGGUCCCUCGGCCGCAGAGGAGCCGGAGGGCAGGAAAAGCUCGCCAAGGCAAAGAAGCGCCUCGCAGCCCAGCCCGACCCACGCCGAGAGAGGUGAGGAAGUGACCCUCCUCGACGUCACUGGGACUCAGCUGGCGGAGAAGGACCUGGGCGCUCUGGCAAGAGAUGAGCUGCAGAGACUCCUCCUGGAGCAGAUGGAUCUCAGGAAGAAAUUGGAACGGGAAUUCCAAAGCCUCAAAGACAACUUCCAGGACCAGAUGAAGCGGGAGCUGGCCUACCGGGAGGAGAUGGUGCAGCAGCUGCAGAUCGUGCGCGAUACCCUGUGCAACGAGCUCGACCAGGAACGGAAGGCCCGCUACGCCAUUCAGCAGAAGCUCAAAGAGGCCCACGACGCGCUGCACCACUUUUCCUGCAAGAUGCUGACUCCCCGCCACUGCGCGGGCAACUGCUCCUUCAAGCCCCCCUUGUUGCCCCAGUGAGGACCUCCGCCCCCCCCGGAGAUCCCCUGGACGGGGCGGGGCGCCAGCGGGGCUCGGGGCCUCUCCGAAUCCAGCAGAGACCCCGGAAGAGCGCCUUCGGAGUGACCGCUUCCCGGUCGUGUAAAUAGAAGUGGCGCCGGACCGGAUCGGGACCUUGAAGGCGAACAAGACUGCCGAAGGGCCGGGCCGGGCGGGUCUCUCUCCCCCCUUCCGCUUCCCCCGCCCGCUGCGCCCUCGUCGCCCCGCCCCGGCUCGGAGCUGGGGGUCGGGGGGGGGCUCGCUCCGGGCUCCUCUCCGAGGGGCGACGUGCAGGGGCUACCGGCGUAGCUGCGGUUCCCCUCCUUCCUCUCGCGCGCUCCAACCUCGGCCGCGUUGUUUUAAUCGAUUCCUUCCGGGCUCCGUUGGCGGCGCCCGGUCCCCCCCCCCAAACGGUUGAUGCAGCACAGCACUUUAAAGGCGGGGCGGCCGCGGGCCCCAGCCGGCCUCGGGCCGCUCCCGAAGGGACCCCACGGGCUCAGCCCAGCCCUCGGAGCGGGGGGUCUCACCCCGAGAAAAUCCCAGCCUGCUGUCGGGUGGUUCAUGGACCCUCCCCGGUUUCGUUUCCUUUGAAUAAAAAGCGACUUUGAAAGAA